AUGCCAAAACGAUACCUCGAUGUUGAAUACAACACUAUUUCUACUGAAAUCGAUGUGACUGACUUUGAAGACCUGAGUGACGUUCAGGAUACUAUCAAGUCUGAGUAUGGUCCUGCUAUGGCUGACAUUGAUGCUCCUCAACUGCAACUCUACACCAACAAUGGUUUUUGUGUUGUUAUUGGUUGUUUACCUCUACCUCCAAGACAACCUACUCAAACUGACCUAGGUCCAACAUCUGCAGCAGCCUCACCCGCACUACUGGAUUUUUGGACUGCUUUCACAAACUACCCUAACCCUCUUGAAGGAAACACUGUUGUCCAACUUCCAGCAGACGUAUUCAUCCUUGGAAACCAUUCAAUUGGAUCAUCCAUUUACAUCCGUCCUUGUUAUCCUAAACUUUUUGAAAAAUCACUAUCUAUUGUGCAAUCUGCUGAUAUACGUCAUUUGAUCAUCCUUGGAAAUCCUGGAAUUGGCAAGACAUAUUUUAGUUACUUUUUGCUGUUGCAUCUUGCUCGCUCUGGUGCUACAGUCGUGUAUGAGAGUGGAGUUGAUCAAAAAAGAUAUCUGCUUACUCCCAAUGUCCCACAAGAAUUGGUUGAAAGUCUGUAUUUAAAGUGGGGAGGAAUUGCUCGUUAUGUUCUUAAAUAUGCAUUGGUAAAAGAAAAACAGGAUUUUCUCGACAAAGCUUUAAAUAUUUCCAAUAUCGAUUCAGUUGUCAAGUCUUUUGGUAAAUAUGGUGAAAACCUAGACGCUUCAAGUUGUUUGAUUCAUAUAUCAGUCAAGGAUGGCUUCCACAGUGGUCCUUAUCAGUUUGCUCCUGACUAUGUGGUUGAUGAAAUUUACAACCAAAUUGGUGAAACUGGUCAACUUAAUAGGGUAUUAUUUGAAAAGCACGCUCAUACAGUCAUCGCUAAAGGUGGUUCAUUCAAGAUUCGUGAUUUACGUACCAAGCUGGAGUCUACACUUCAACUGCCAAUGGAUCUUAGUACUUUGUUAUUCUCCAACAAUUCUCAAGUUCAAGACGCAACGAAUUGCUAUUUCCGUCCCAUUAGCAAUACUUUUGAAUCUGUUGAUUCGUUCAUCAAGCCAAAUCUACUUUUCCAAAUGACCGGUGCCAAAGAUCAUCCUUGCAAACAAACUGAACUUUGUGAUGUUUUGGAAAUACUUGGUAAUCCGUCAAAACCAGAACUGUAUUUUGUUGUACCUCCUGAUCGUUUUGCCUGUUUUACACGCCAAAGCUACCACGGAACAGAUGGUCGAGUGUUGUCGCAAAACGAUACUAUUGCGAGUGUUGAGAAGUUGACUCGAUUUGUUUUGACGUUUGAACCAUCUCAUCAAUAA